UCCGACCAUCUCUCUCUUCAACUAUUUCAUCCCCACCAGCACCUCAAAUUGGGGAAUCCAUGGAAAGUGAGAUCCCAAAGCCUCUCUCUUCUCCCUGUCUUCUCCUCCUUUGUUCCUCACAAAGGAAGAAGGAACCCUAACCUCACUGUCCCCAUCCUGCAGCCUCCACUGCCUUUGCUUCUUCUUCUCCCCCUCUUUCCAAUCCCCACAAACCUCCCUUCUUCUUCUCCUAGCCCUUCUUCCGAAAUAUAUAAGUAGUCACUUGUCUCCUACCACCAUCAUGGAAACGAUCGGACGGCGGCAGGUCCUGAAGAAAUUAAUAUAACAUGAUGGUCCCAGCACGUAACCUUCUCGGGCGACACUACAACAGCUAUGGUGGCCAUUUCGACGACUUCCAAACGGAAUUCCAGCGAGAAAAGGCUUCAUCACUAUCUGGCCUAAUGGCCGAGGAGGUUCCUCAGGGAAGUGGCAGCAAGGAGGAGGAAGGAGAGGAGGCGGGGUCUAGAUCUAAAGAAGGUGAUGACGACUACCAAGGGUGGCUCCAAUUAGGCAUCGGUCGCCGGCCGUCUGGUGGUUCAAGGCUAGAUGAUGCUCCGGUAGAUCCAACGAAUAGCACGGACAGGAGUAGGGGUGAGGCAGUGGAGCUCAACUUGCUUGCUGAUAGGUCAUCAGGUGCCUCACGGCCCCCAUUGAGGGUCGUUGGUGCUCCCACGAUGGUGCCAUUGUUUCCGCCGGCGGCGGUGGGGUACCGGAGCGCCGGUGCAACGGCGAGUAGUUCCUCGAGGCCGUUGCCAAUGUUAACAAGCUAUAACUGGGGGCAAUUCAUGUGCCCAUCGGAGAGCCUGGGCCUGUCGGUGGAGAUCGGCGGCAAGAUGAGGGUGGUUAGCCCACCGCCCAGGCAGCAGACCGGAGUGUGGUUCUUGCUCCAAGCGGCAGAAAACCAAGUGAAGGAACCCUUUUUGCCUCAGAUACCCAAGAGCUACUUGAGGAUCAAAGACGGGAGGAUGACAGUUGGAUUGCUGAUGAAGUACUUGGUUGAGAAGCUUGGACUAGAUGGUGAAACUCAGGUAGUGAUUACAUGUAGAGGCCAGCAGCUUCCUCCCUCCAUUACAUUACAGCAUGUUCGAGACCAAAUAUGGGGUUCGAGGGAGGGAGCGGAAUUGCUCCAUAGCUCACCGAGCACUGAGCGUAUCAUGACCCUUCAGUACAGCAGAAGCCGAUAGAGUGCUUCACUCGGGCGGAACUCGUCAUCCCGGUGGACGUUUUUGAUCUUCGUGCUUAUACUUCCACUCUGACCUGGUUCCCUUGUCUAACUUAUUUGACGAAAAGGAUUUGGAGCAACCAACUCCACGUCAAAACAAGGUACCAGGAAUGAUAAAAUGAAAUGCGUAGUUCCAAGUCCA